AUGUCAACAUCAUCAGUAUCUGAUGGAAUUCUUAACUUUGCUACACAAUACUCAAUUUAUACUGGUUAUAUUACAUUUGCUUUUGGAUUUAUUGGUAAUGUGCUGAAUCUUCUCGUUUUUACUCAAUUGAAAUUAUUUCGAAUUGGUCUUCUGCCUGUUGUCAUUGCAUCAUCAUUUAGUAUCUUAGCUUAUCAUAAUGUUCGUCGUAUAGUUCGACGACAAUUACCCAUCGUUCGUCGUAAAUUAGAUAAACAAAUAACAGCCAUGGUUCUUAUGCGUGUAAUUGCCUUCGUUUUUUUAGUAUUACCUUUUGUUACUUAUCGUAUUUAUACCAUUAAUUUUCCUGUAUCUCGAAGUGUGCCUAUGGCAUAUGCAAUUGGUAAAUUGAUUCAAGCAAUUCUUACUUCUAUCUACAUUAUAGAUUAUAUAAUCAACUUUUAUCUUUUUCUAAUAUUCUCACCACGUUUUCGUCGUCAAGUAAAACUUGUUUUAGUAAAAAAAUGUUGGCAACGAUGGAAAUAUUGGUGUUGCUCCAUAAAUAAUCGAAUUGAACCUGACAACAUUCCUGAAACGCGCAAUUCACAAAUAGAAUCUGAAGAAAAUGUCUGA